AUGACGUCGAAAGCCCAAUGUUUUUUCGACAUCAAAAUUGGUGAAAAUGAUGCUGGUCGAAUUGUAUUUGAGCUUUAUAACGAUUUAUGUCCACGUACAUGCGAGAAUUUUCGUUGUUUAUGUACAGGAGAAAAAGGUCGUGGUUUGACAUUGUAUAAAAAAUUAUCUUAUAAAGGAUGUUUAUUUCAUCGUAUUGUGAAAAAUUUUAUGAUACAAGCGGGUGAUUUUACGGAAGGCAACGGCACCGGCGGUGAAUCGAUAUAUGGCGGCUCAUUUGCAGAUGAAAAUCUUCAAAUGAAACAUGAUCGACCUUAUCUUCUUUCAAUGGCUAAUCGAGGACCAAACACAAAUGGUUCACAAUUUUUCAUAACGACAGAUGUAGCAUCACAUCUUGAUGGUAAACAUGUUGUUUUUGGCCAUGUUGUAUCUGGUCAAGCAGUUGUUGAUACUAUUGAAAAUCUUCCUGUUGAUUCAGCUACGAACCGUCCAUUAAAAGAUGUUAUUAUAACAAAUUGUGGUCAACUAGAAUCUAUUACAAAAAGCAAUAAAUCAAAAAAACGUAAAAUAUCAACUGGAGAUGAUAAUGAAGAUGAAACUAUCGAAGAAAAUAAUGAUAAUGAAAGUAGUUCAUCAUCAGACAAUGAUGAAAAGAAAAAGAAAUCCAAACAUAGUAAAAAAUCGAAGAAAAAAGAAAAACAUCGAAGAAAAAAAGAUGGAAAACGUUCAUCAAAAAAAAGUGAUGAAGAUGAAAAUACUCUUAAGAAUAAUACCGGUGAAAUAUCUAUACGAGAUACAAAAUCAAAUAUUGAUUCUGAUGAAUUACCAAAUAUCUCCGAAUCGAAAAUGAUGCGAUCCGUAUUAAAUGAAAACGAAAAAACAUCUCGAACUAACAGUCAUCAAUCAUCGAAAAAAGUUGAUUCAAAUGGUCGUCCAGUUAAAGGUCGUGGUAUAAUGAGAUAUACAGGAAAAAGUCGUUCCAGAUCACGUACACCACCUCAUUGGCGUUCAGCAGCUGAAGAACGUAAACGUCAAAUUGGAAUGAAUGAACAAACAAAUUCGAAUGAAAAUCCGGAUACAGCAAUACAACCAUCUGAACAAAUAGCUAAUCGUGAAAAUUCUAAACGUACGCGUUCAUAUUUAAAAAAUGGUGAUGUAAAUGAUGAUCAAGUAAAUACUAUAAAUUCAACUAAUGAUGAGGAUCAAUUGCCACAAGAAUUAAAUAAACGAUCACGUCGUCAUGAUAGACGACGUGAUGUUGUUGAUGUUGACAACGAUGAUGAUGAUGAUACUAAUAAUGAAGUACAACCACAACCAGUUAUACAAAGUAGUAUUGUUCGAGCUGAACCAAAACAACGUGAACAUCGUAAUGAAUCAAAACAUCAUCGAUCAACAAAUAAUAAUAAACAUGAUGAAAAUGAAACAUCGAAUCAUGAUAAACAUGUACAAAAUAAUUCUUCACCAUCUCGUCAUAAACGUGAUUACGAUGAAUCUCAUAGUCAUCAUCAUGGUCGACGGCGGCGGCGUUCUCGAACGUCAGCAUCACCAGUAAAAACUGAUCAACAAAAUAAUACAACAAAUAAUUCAAGUUCAUCAACUACCGACCCAUCAUCUAUAAAACGACGUAAUCGAUGGGAGAAUGAAGAUGCUUUUAAUGAACGACAAACAGCAGCACAACAUGUAAGUCUUGAAGAUGAAUUACGUUUAAUUUCACAAACAAAUGAAAUACAAUCUGAGACAACUACGCAAUCGAAUGACAUUCCACAGCCAAUAGUAACAGAAGUUCCUAGUAAAUCAAAAUGGGAUGAUGACGACGAUGAUAAUGAUAGCCGUAGUGAUAAUAAACAACAAGAAGAAGAAAUGAUAGUAAAUUCAGUACAACAAAAUCAGAUUCAAUCAGAAUCUUCAUCAAAAGUACAACCAAUUAGUCCAAUAGUAAAUAAUUCUGUUGAAACUUCAUCAAAUAUUGAAAAAUCUAAUGAAAUUCCAUCAGUAUCGGAUAAACAACAAGAGAAAUCAACUGAACAAUCAUCAUCAAGUAAUACACGAAAAGAAAAAGAUUCUUCGACGAAAGAACGUCGUCAACGACGAACACCAAGUCAAGAUCGUGAGCGUGAUCGGCAUCAUCGACCAUCAAGUCGAGAUCGUGAACGUGAACGUGAUCGUCAUCGUCGAACAUCUAGUCGUGAACGACGUCCUUAUCAUUCAUCAUCAAAUAAUCGUUAUCGUAAUUAUCCUGAAAAAGAUGAUUAUCAUCGUCGAAGAAAUUAUGAUGAUCGAUAUAGCAAUAGUCGUCGUCGACGAUACUCACCACCAGCAUCAUCAUCUCGAAAUCGAUAUAAUGAUAGAUAUAGAGGUCGUGAUCGUGAUUAUUAUAAUAGAGAUCGUAAAAGAAAUGAUGAUCGUGACCGUGAUCGUCAUCGUUCAUCUCGUGAUAAAAAUACUCGUCCAACACAAUCAAAACUAUCCAGUCGUCGAAAGAAAACAUCUAGUUCAUCAUCAAGUUCAAGUUCUGCAUCCGGUUCUCGUUCAUCUUCAUCAUCUUCAUCGUCAUCAUCAGGAUCCUCUUCGUCCUCCUCAUCAUCGUCCGGCUCUUCAUCAAGUAGUUCAUCUGGAUCAAAAUCUCCAUCCGGACAAAAUCAACGUAUUCCAACUCCACCAGUACGCAAACGUUUACCUACACCACCUAAUCCUGAUGAUGAAAAUAUUUUUGUAUCUUUGCCAGUUGUGAAAGCACGUGAAGCACCUGAACGAAGACAGAUUAAAAUUGAAUUGGCAAAAUCUAUGCCAUUACCACCUUCAACAUCACCAGUUCGACCAGCUCCACCGCCACCUCUUCCUCUUUAUGAUCCUGAAGAAGAUGAUGAAUCAUCAAAUACAGCAACAACACAUUUACAAGAUCGUAUUGGUGAACAUGAAGAUAUGGAACUUGAUGAUCUUGAUGAACCAGAACCAACAUCAACAGAUGAUUUAACUUCUUCAACAACUUUUAUGGAAGAACAAUCAGUACAAUCAAUAACUGCAACACCUCCAGUACUACCACCUGUUAUAUCUCUUUAUGACGAUGAUGCUAAUCAAGAAGCAAACAUUCCAUCCGAUAGUAACCAAGAACAAAGUAAUGAUGCUGGUAGUGUUGUACAAGUAGUAACUUCAUCAAAUGAAAUCAACAAUGAAAAGAAAUCAUCAAAACAUCGAUCCACAUCACGUUCUUCGGCAUCAAGUUCAUCAUCCGAUAGUGAUACAAGUAGUUCAACAUCAUCUUCAUCUACUCGAUCUUCACAUUCACCAUCACCUCAUCCAAAUAAAAAGAAAGAAUCAACACAUCGUCAACAGAAUGGUGACAAUAGUUCAAAUUCUAAAUAUAAAUCACGACGUCGUUAA